AUGAAGAUGGUUUUGCAAAAAAUUACAUUUUCAAGAAUAAUUUUUCAAAGAGGAUUGCAUGGUGCUAACAAAAAAUUAGAUAGUCUCAUAAGAGUUAAUCAUGCUGGAGAACUUGGAGCUGAUCGUAUAUAUGCAGGGCAGAUGGCAGUGUUAGGGAACAGCAGUGUAGGUCCAAAGAUUAAAGAGAUGUGGGAACAAGAAAAAGUACAUAGACAUACAUUUGAACAACUUAUAACUCAAAAUAGGGUGCGGCCAUCACUGCUAUUUCCUUUAUGGCAUUGUGCCGGCUACGUACUUGGAGCUGGUACAGCACUUAUGGGUCCUAAAGCUGCUAUGGCUUGCACUGUAGCUGUGGAAACUGUUAUCGUAGAACACUACAAUGAUCAAUUGCGAGACCUGAUGAAUGAUCCCGAAUCUGACAAAGAGCUUCUUGAAACCAUUAAAAAGUUUAGAGAUGAAGAACAAGAACAUCAUGAUUGUGGUAUUGAUCAUGGUGCUGAGCAAGCCCCAUUUUAUGAUGCAUUAACAAAAGUUAUAAAAACUGGGUGCAAAGUAGCUAUUGAAGUAGCAAAAAGAGUAUAA